GCGUGGCCUUUGAACUCCAUUGUUGUGUCGCGGGUGACGUCAGCGCCUUGUGCGCGAGUGACUGGCAGGCAGAGAACGGCGUCGCGUGCGCCUGGCUAGACAAAGGCGGCGGACUCCAGGCAGCGGGAGAGACGAGACGCUGCUCUUCUUCUUCUUCUGUGUACGUUUUUAGGAUUUAUACACUCAUGGGACUGUAAAGAAUCCUGCCGAUGCAUAGCUCGAGUCAUGUGAAAGUAGAGAAUUUUGCGGUUUUUGCCUGAGUCUCUCACUCUCGCGUGUUUGUUGACUUUUUUUUAAAAAACAAAAAACAAACAAAUUUUCUCCAAACGCCCCCCAAAUUAGCAAACUCGGCUAACUCGUUGUAGCCCGGACUUGAGCUAUUUGUUUAUCCAGAAUCUGAAUACAGGAGCGGAAACUAAACAGAAAGCCGUUUCCCAUCACGUCUAAUGCUGAUCGGCGGGCAGCAUGCCUAGCCCUCUGUUCCACCCAGACAUCAUGGACCACGACGCGGUAGUGAGCGCACAGCAGACCGGAGUCGCGUUGCCUGUAGAACCGGAACCUGAGUGCCGCGACGAGGGGCACCAGGAAGCGCUGCGCUUCGCCAUCGACCAGUUCUCGCUCAUGGCGCUGGACAAAGUGGACUCCAUGGACGCGACCACGACGGGCACCGUGUCCGAGAACUGCAACGGAGGCGGAUACGUGGACCUGCCGCUGCUCGACCAUCCGGGCGGCUCCCGCGGCUCGCCUUCCUCCUGCUCCCCGUCUCCGGAGUACUACGGCACGGGGGGCUUCCACAUGCCCCCCCACACACAUCCAGUGCUGGGAGACCAGAGCGCCUCGCUGUGCAACCGCAAAAGGAGCGUCAACAUGACCGAGUGUGUGCCUGUGCCCAGCUCCGAACACGUAGCUGAGAUUGUAGGGAGGCAAGGCUGUAAGAUCAAAGCCUUGCGAGCAAAAACCAACACCUACAUCAAGACACCAGUGAGAGGUGAGGAGCCUGUGUUUAUAGUGACAGGUCGGCGCGAGGACGUGGAAAUGGCCAAACGUGAGAUCAUCUCUGCAGCAGAUCACUUCUCUAUGAUUCGUGCAUCUCGCUGCAAGGCCGGGGGAAGUGGAAGCUCUCUGCCUGGGCCGCCACACCUUCCAGGUCAGACUACCAUCCAGGUGCGCGUGCCCUACCGUGUGGUGGGCCUGGUAGUGGGUCCAAAAGGGGCCACGAUUAAACGCAUUCAGCAGCAAACUCACACAUACAUUGUGACACCGAGCAGAGAGAAGGAUCCUGUGUUUGAGGUGACAGGCAUGCCAGAGAAUGUUGACCGGGCGCGUGAGGAGAUAGAGACGCACAUCACGCUGCGCACCGGUGCCUUUAUUGACCUUCAGGGCCACAACGACUUUCACUCCAAUGGCACAGAUGUCAGCCUCGAAGGCCUUGGCUCUCUGGCUCUCGGUAGCGCGCUUUGGGCACGCAAUCACCCUUCAGCACCCCCACCUCCUCCACCACCUCCCCCCCUCCCCCUUGCCAUCCAUCAUUCAGGCCGCAAGCUCUCCACAGCGUCUUAUCACAACGGUGGUCUGGGUUCUGAGCCUUACCCAAGCAGCCGCCGACCCACAGACAGCGCCAGUCCUACCAGUCCAUUUAGCACAGGCAGCGGUGGAGGCACCUUCACCUUCAGCAAUGAUCCUGCGCCGGGAAUGGCACCCACCUCUGAUGAGCUUGGCUUCGAAUUCGGCAGCAGCAACAUCUGGGCACCGCUAGCCAACGGCAACAAGCAGGCGCAGCCUCUUCGGCGUAACAGCAGUGGUCUGAGCGGGGGCACGGUCACACCACGCCUCUCACCAACACUGCCUGGUGACAGCUCUGCGCUGGAGCACCCCCUGGCACGGCGGGCGCAAAGCGACCCGCUCAGCACGCUCUCCUGGCUUCAUACAGGCUCGUCUUUCUCAGGAGGAAGCAGCAGCAGCAGUGGUGGCAGCACCACAGGCUACUCGUCCUGUUCUGCCUCCUCGCUGACUGGUGGCUCACCCACCGACUCCGAGGGGGGCGGCAGCGUGGGAACCGCAUCCGGCAUGCUGAGCCGCUUGAAGGCCAGCACCCUGGGCAGCAUGGUUCCAGGUGGCGGCAACAGGGACUGCUUCGUUUGUUUCGAGAGCGAGGUCACAGCCGCUCUCAUUCCCUGCGGCCACAAUCUGUUCUGCAUGGACUGUGCUGGUCAAAUCUGUCAGUCACAGGAGCCAGAGUGCCCCGUGUGCCACACCCCAGCCACGCAGUGCAUUCGCAUUUUCUCUUAAUGGCACACAGUCGCCGGGGUUCUGUUGUCAUCUUAAGCCCUGAAGAACAACCCCACUAUUUAGAAAUCCUACAGUAAACUAUAAGGAGAGAGGAAGAUGUGUACCUGCCUACAUAGGAUCGAUAAUAAUUACUAUAUUAAAUGACACUAUUCUGAUGUUGAUUUAUUAUUAUUAUGAAUAAUAACUAUAAUGAUAAUGUCAAUAUUAACUGACUCAUGUACUUAUCCCAGGCUGUGGAUUCAGCAGGUCAGCAGUGUACUUUAUUUUUCCUUUGAGAUGGAUGAGGAGGAUAGAAACCAGUGUCUUAUCUAUCUUUAGGCAUUAAUUUGAUCUACCACCAAUGAGUCUGUCCAUGUAUUAUACAUUCCCCCCUCCCCUUCAUUCUUGCUUCUGAGCAGGUUAUUUUUUCGCUUGAGACUUUUUUCUACUUGCAGAUAUUUUUCAAUUUAAGCUGCAUAGGUCUGCACUUUUUUCUAAGGGUUCAUUUUGAGAACUUUGAGGGACGGGAAUGCAGUCUGUUUUUAAUCUCGCACGUUCUUGCGUUUUCACAAGAAUAAAAAAUAAAAUAAAAAACACGAGACUGCGGAGCCUGCACACUCGUCAGACCAAAAUAGUACAGAAUUAUUUGUUGACGUUGUUUUUAUUAUUAUUGAUGAAGAAUGAAACACUUAAUAUUUAUUCAAGUUAAGAGUUGAUAUCCAGCAUAAUGGUUAAUGUUCUAUAUUCUGUAGGUAGAUAGAAUAGUUAACGUUACAUAAGAAAUAUCAUUACGAUGCUAAGAGGUCGGUGUUCCGCCUGUCUUUGUCUCACAACCCUAAAACACUCAUAAUCGAGUCCAGACGAGGGCGCUAUUAGACCCUCGAACUAGAAUACGCACUGUUCCUAAGGACUUGACCCAAGGUGGACACGUCGUAUACACUUCAUUAUCAGACACACACGUUUGUAUUUACUGUUUUGAUCAACUAAGUUCGGGUUUGUUCAUUCCGCUUUCGUUCCCCGUUCCGAUGGGGUCCACUACAGCGCCCCAGCUAUGACGGAGUCGCCUUUCACUCCACGGACAACUUUAUCUGUUACACUUUUAUUGUUCUUUUAGAGUUGCUUUUUAAGUGAGCUGUCUUGUUGUGGGAACAGGAUAGAAAUGUUCUCUCCAACACCACCUUAUUCUGAAUUACUGAAUUCUAGCGUAGGUAGGAUGUAACUUUGCAAGAAUGUUUCUUCUUACUGUGGAUGUGUGUGUGUGAGUGAGUCCAAGUGAAGAGUGGGAAAUCUUUGUUAUUAUUUUUGAAAUUCAGUGGACUCUUGUAAAUCCAUCCCACUUUGUGCACUGCGACACAUUGCAAUGUUCUUUCGGUCUCUGGCCAGCCUGGAGAAACGUCGGUCUUCCGCCCUUCCCAUAAGGCCUUGCUCUUAUUUUGAGGGCAAAGGCUCUUUGCUGUAAUCCACACUAGCGCUCAGACCCUUUUCCGUGUUUUGCCUCUUUUUGUUUUUCGAGCUUUGGUUGGAUGAAACUUGCGCCAGUAGCCCAGUGAACAGGUUAAUUUUUUAUUUUUUUUCCUCGUGACAAGCCAUGAUGACACCACACAGUCUAAAAGGGCUUCCUGUGAUAAUUCAGGUCUCCUUCAGUUACAAUAACCAGGAUUGAGAACCAAUCAGAACCUGGCAGCUAUGUUCACCCAGGGCUUCCAUUCUCUCUGUGCUACAUGUCCGAGAGGCCACAGACAAGGUGUAGUUGGUGGGUGGCAGUCCAGAGCUUAGAACCGAUGCUUCGAAUCGCAGUGGCUUUAAACCGGAAACUUCCGGAGCUGAAGCUAAAGUCAGAAGUGAGAAUUAUAGUUCUGGUUUACAUGGUUUUAUCUGUGUUGAAUAUUCAGUUCCAGUAGUCCGUUGUGUAUCAAAGCAAGCCUCAGAAAUGGUCCGUAAUUUCACUUGUGUUCGAUCUGAAGAUUUAUUUUUUUUGCCUCCUCCAUGAGUACACGGAUACAGAGUGUUAGACGACGCAGUAGUGCUGUAGGAAACUUUCAGUUCAGAGUGGAGAGCAUUUGGUGCCUUGGUGGUGCAGAUCUCUACUGAUGUUUAGUCUGUUUCUGAAGCACCUGCCCUUCAAUUCUAUAGAGACGAUGACGAUUGUGUUGGUAACAGGGAUCCACCUGCUCUUGUGGUCUUAUUCAGCUGUUUUAAGUCAUUUUCCCCCUUGCUGUUGAUGGUUCCAGAAAUGAAGCGAGGAAAAGCCGUGUUUUUAAGUAUUUGUCCGGUGUAUGAACCUGCUGUGGCAUCUUUUUGACAGGAAUCUCUUCAGACCUGAGGUUAGAUCUUUUGUAAGGUUAGUUUUAGGAUAUUUUGAAAACUACACUCAAAAGGGGUUUGCUUCUGGAAAUGUACAAUAGCAGAACUGGUUUAAUGGUACAGAGUUUGCUCCAUGGCAGUAACCUGAUGUAAGCAUCCCUUCCUCUGAGUGCGUGCCGUCUGAAACUCCAGGUGUUUCUCAGUCUAGCAAGGACAAGGCACCUCAGUCCAUCCAUCACUCCGUACCUGGACCCAGCCGGCACACACUCGAGACGGAGAUUAGUUAGUGUGUCACCCCUUCUUUAACCCCAUCACCCACCUCCCUAAGGUUUAUAAACAGGGUUUACUUAGGAAAGCUCGAACAGGAGAUCUGAUCUCGGGCAUCGGACUGGCACUAGCUGCCAUGCUCCCAUAGAUCACUUAGCCCUGUAACUCUGCUCUCCUUUCUAGUGUAUUUCUUUUUUUGUUGUUGUUGCUUUACUUUUUUUAUAUGCUGAACCAAAAGUCGUUUCAGUAACAAGGUUUCAGGCCUGACUGUAAAUACCCUGAAAAACAAUCAUUGGGAUUUUUUUCCAGCCGUACAAACUGAUAAGUUUAAUAGUUUUUAAAACAUUAUCAUUAUUUGUAAGUUAACUAUCUGCAUGUCUUGAAGCCAUCAGGCAUUACCUAAUAAUUUUCUAAAGGUGGAAAAAAAAAGGACAAAGUUUUUACACAUUUUAUUUUUACAAUUUAUUUGCUUACUUUAACCUAAAUAUCCCAGAUUAUAAUGUGACCCUUUUAUUACUGCAAAUUUAUCUUUAUUUUCCAUAUUUGUUUUUUUUUUUGUUUUUUUCCUGUGUAAAACAUAUAGGCAAUUUAUAACAAAAUGAGAAAAUUAUUGAAGAAAAUUUAAAAUUGAAAUAUAUUUUAUUUGAAAGUUUAUGGACCUUUUAGUCGCGAGUCGGAACAAUUGUAUACACGUUAUAAUUCGAACUGACUUGACGGUUAUCAGAAAUGUAUCAAGAGUUUUAUUUUUUAUGCUUCUUUAAUAAAAUCUUGUUUUUUGUUUUUGGUUUUUUACUGUAAAACAAUAAACCUCAGUGUCUUGGUG